AUGGAGACCAGCCAGCUAAAGCAGAAGCUUCUGAAAACCAUCUACAGCCUCCAGCUGAAGUCAUUUAACACACUGCAGUCAGCCAGCCCGCUGCUGCACAACCAGCGUGGCAUGGGCAUGGUGACCCAGCACCAGGUCCACCAGCUGGCAGAUAAGGCCAAAAGCCUGUGUGGAGAUCUGGACAACAUCAAGAACCUCCUCCACUAUUGCCAGGAUGACUUGGUCCAACAGAUUCCCAAUCCCACCGGCAGCCGCUAUGGGGGUGUCAGUGGAGUCCAUUGCUCCCUGGAUGGCUCCAUCUAUGUGACAGCUGAGAGUGCUCCCUGGGUCCACAUCCUCAGCAGCACGGGCCAUAUACUGCACUCCCUGCCCUGCCAGCAGACGGGCAAGGGAGGCAGCAUUUUCUUGCCAGAAGAUGUGACUGUGACUAGGAUGGGAAUGGUGGCUGUAGCUGACAUGGUGAAUGAAGCCAUCUGGAUCUUCAACCCUCAGACCAGCCUCUCCAAGAGGGAAUGGAUAAAGAUCAGGAAGGUUGGUUCCCCCAGGGGUAUUGGAGUAGACUCCAUGGGCAAGAUCCUGGUAGCAGACUAUGCACAAGGCCAAGUGCACAGCUUUGCUCUGGACCAUGCCUUCAGGACACUCAAUGUCCACUCUGUCCCCAAUCUGCAGGGACCUCGCUAUGUCAGCCCGGUGCCCAGUGGAGGCUUUGUGGUGAGCGAGGAGUGUGUACAUCCCUCCAGGGCCACUGCCAUGGUACUGAAGGUGUUCUUUCCCUCGUGCUGCUCCUCAGCAGACAGCGGCAUUCUGAUCGGCCGCUGGAUCUCCGAGCAGAACUCUGCUGUCAUCCUUGCUGUGGUGCACUUCCCCUUCAUCCCUGGCCAGGUGAAGCAGUACCUUGGGGAAGUUCAGCGCGUGACUGAAGUCAGUGUUUCUGUGCUUGGCUCAUGGAGCAACAGCAAACAAGAGAAAGAAGAGAGGCUCAGUAAGUUCUUGGAAGAUCUUGAGACCAUAUUCUGCCAUGAGCCAUGGAUCCAGAUAAGCAAAGAGGGAGACAGCAAAUUCUGGAGCUGUUCUACCCUUCAGAAACAUUCUAAGAACCCUCAGGAGGAAGAAAUCAUCUUGGUGUACUAUGACCAGUGCAAGGUCAUGCUUUCCCAUCUGCACCCCCCUUUGGACACAGCUGGCCAGGGGGCAGAGGAUGCCUCAAAGCUCUCAGCCAUCUUUGACACAGUGGCCAGGAGCCAGGUGCUGUUCAUGACAGACAGGUACGAUGAGGGGCCCAUCAAGCUGACCCACUGGCAGUCGGAUGGGGUGGAGGCCAGUAUCAUCGUGGAGCUGCUGAAGCAGGCCUCCGUGCCUGCCUGCAUGCUGCUGACGUUGCUGCUCUCACUGCUCUCUGGGAUCUGUAGGAGCAGGGUGCUGAAGUUUUGGCCAUUGUCUUUCUUGUGGAGCAAACUCUCAACUUGUGAGCAGCUGGGAUAUCGCCUGCAGCACCUCCAAGUCAUCAGCAGCAACAGGAAGGCUCAAAAACAAAAUCAGCUGAUGAGGAAAGCCAACAUCUUUGUGUCUCUGCUGAUUGAUGUGGCCCUGGGGAUACUGCUGAUGUCGUGGCUGUACAGAAAGAACCGCAUUGGUCACCUUGCUGACACUCUCAUCCCUGUGGCUGAUCAUGUGGCUGAAGAGCUGCAGGACCUGCUCCAGUGGCUGAUGGGAGCACCAGCUGGACUGAAAAUGAACAGAGCCUUGGAUCAAGUUUUGGGCCGCUUCUUCCUUUAUCACAUCCAUCUUUGGAUCAGCUACAUCCACCUGCUGUCCCCCUUCAUUGAGAUGAUCCUGUGGUACGUGGGGCUCUCAGCUUGUCUGGGCCUGACCGUGGCUCUCUGCAUCCUUUCUGACAUCAUCGCACUCCUGACCUUCCACAUCUACUGCUUCUAUGUCUACGGGGCCAGGCUCUACUGCCUGAAGAUCUACGGCCUGUCCUCCUUGUGGCGCCUGUUCCGGGGAAAGAAGUGGAACGUGCUGAGGCAGCGGGUGGAUUCCUGCUCCUAUGACCUGGACCAGUUGUUUAUUGGCACUUUGCUGUUCACAAUCCUGCUGUUCCUCCUGCCUACAACUGCACUGUAUUAUUUGGUGUUCACCCUGCUCCGGUUGCUGGUGGUGAUUGUGCAGGGUCUCAUACACUUGCUGGUGGACCUGAUUGACUCCCUGCCUCUUUAUUCCCUCAUCCUUCGCCUCUGCAGAUCCUACAGGCUUGCAGCUGGAGUGAAGUUCAGAGUCCUUGAGCAGCAGGAUGGAAAACCUCUGCGGCUCCUUAUGCAGAUCAACCCGCUCUCCUACGGAGGUGUGGUCCAGACCUACAGACUGCCCACCUACAGCUGCUAUCCCAGGGACUCCUGGGCAUCUCUCUGCAAGAAGCUGUUCCUUGGGGAGCUCAUCUACCCUUGGAAACACAAAGGAGACAAGCAGAACUGAAGACAGUGGAAGAACUUAGGAACUUGACCUGAAAAACAUACCAGCUCCUAAUGCUUUGGGACCAAAGGCUGCUCAGAGCCAGCAACUGCUCCAUCCCUUUAAAUCCCUUUAGAUUUUGGUAACAUAGGAAGGGCUGAAUUUUUAAAGGCAAGUAUUUUUAAACAUUAUUUUUCAACUUUCUCUUCUCUUACACUGUGUUUGUAUAUUAUGCUAAUGAUUAUUUUGGAAGCAAAAGGUUAAACUCGUCAGUGCCUCAUGAAA